AUGGAGAUGAUCGCAAACGGAGUCGUUGCGCCGGAUUGGAUAGAUGUUAUGGAAACAACCCACACAAGCAAAAAAACCGGAAAAAUUCAAGAUCCGGUUGUCGGAGAACGCAUAAAAAGGAUUAAGCUUCGGAAGAUGGAACGGCUAACACAACUCUCUCAAGAUGGCUCAUCAUCUUCAAUCGAUCUACCUCGUGAAGGAAUCAACCGUUUGUGUAUUGAGGUUGAAAUAGAUCCUCCUGUGAUUAAGGCCAUGAAGCCAUUGAAGAAACGUAAGAGUGAGCCAGAGGCUGAUUUGGAGACCGAAGAACCUUCAAAAGAACCUGCUAAAGAUUCUCAAGAUCAGAAGAAGGCAGCUCUAGCUACUAGCAAGUCUGCAAGCAGUUCAGAUUCAGUAAAUAAAGAUUCUGAUGAAGUGGCUGGUGCGAGAGGCAAUGUAGCUGCAUUCACUCCUCCACAAAGCAGUGUUCAAACGAUCUACGUUGAAGGAUUUGGCUCUAGGCUUCCUGAGGAUGAAAUCAAGACCGCAUUAAGUAAACAUUUCAGUGCAUGUGGAGAGAUCACAAGGGUUUUUGUUGCAACAAGCUUUGUGACCGAUGCUGUCAAAGGAUUUGCUUACAUUGAUCUAAAAGAAGAAGACUCAAAGAAGGCGUUGGAACUUAAUGGUAGUGUUAUGAUAGGAAAGGAACUUGUAGUGAAGAAGGCUCUACUGAUGAGAGAUUCCUACCCUGGCUUUUCUGGUCGUGAUCGAGGUCUUGGCGGUCGUUUCGCCGGACGUUUUCGCAGGCUAAACGGAAUUCCUGUCGGCCGACGUCUUGAUAGGAUUGGCCGACUUGUGUCAACGUGUCUGUUGAGUAUUUAA